AUGGUCGUAUUAUUCGUAAAAGGCGAUAGUUUUUGGUUAUUACUAGUCGUAUGGCUCUUAUUCGAGAUCCAUGCAGAGAUUCUAUCCAUAGAAGAUUCAAAUUCCUUAGAGACCGCCCUAUCUUCCAACAAGAAUUUCGUUCUAUUGUCUUACGCCGUAAAUUGCCGUUUUAGCCGAAAAUUCUUGCCCGUAUUUCGUGACGUGUGCGACAUCGCUGGAUUAGAAUGCGGAAAACUGAUUUGCUCGAAUAAUCGCGAGUUGUGCGUAAAGGGCAACGUAAGAGGAGUCCCGAACGUCAAGGUAUAUACAGAAGGAAAGGUCAUUUAUCGAAACGAGGGAUUCAUGACACUAGACGAAUUCCUGGAUGAGAUAGACAACUUGAACUUGAAAUGAUUUGUAACUUCGAAUUUUGAUUCCUUUCUCCUUCAAUUUUUUUU